AUGCGUUUAUUUUUAUCUUUAUUAUCAAAACAAUUGUGUAGUAUUAAUUGCAAUAGAACAUUAUUUCAAUCAAUUAAAAACUCUAGUCAUUAUCCAUCUAGUUUAAAUAAGAAUUUAUGUUUAUCAAUUAAACGAUAUCAAUCAUCCGAAUCUAUUUUAUCUCAAUUAGAUUAUAUUCCAACAUCUCAUAAAUUAAAUUGUGAUAUAUAUAUUUUAACAAAAGAUGGUGGAUUACAUGUUCAUCAAGGACCAUUUGAUCGUGCUCAUAUAUGUCAACAAUAUGGUCUUGAACCGAGAGAUUUACAAAAAAUUGAUACUGAUCUUCUGAUUAAUGUUCCAAUAAUUGAUGUACGUCAAAAUCGUUUUAUAUGUUUUUCAUUUCGAAGAAUUCGAGGUUUAGUUGAAUCAAAUCGAAGUAUAUACUUUGUUCCAUCAAUUGAUAAAAUAACAACAGAACCAUAUGGAGUAAAAGAUACUGUUCAUUGGGAACGUAUUGCUCAAGCUUAUGAUCGAACUGUUCGAUUUAUUCAUCAACUUUAUAAUGAAAGAUUUAUUAAUCACACAUUAAUUGGUAAUGAUAUGAUACCAUUUGAAUUUCGUAUAACAGAAAUAAAUUUAGAAGCUGUUGCACGUGGUUUAAAAUUAAAAGAAAAUGAACUUUUAACUGAAUUUAAAAAUGUACGUGAACGUGCUUAUGCUCGUAUUACUAUUGGAAGUUUACGCGAACUUGCUUUACUUAAAGAAAAAGUUGAUAAAUAUAAACGAAAUGCUGAUCUUGCACAUAAAGCUAUUACUGAUGUUCUUGCACAUGAUGAAGAUAUGGUUGGAAUGUAUCUUACUGAUACUCGUCAACGUGAAAUGUCUGAUCAUAUACAAGUUGAACUUUUACUUGAAGCAUGUACGAAACAAAUGGCUGAAGUUCGUCGAGCUAUAACUGAUCUAUCUGAUUCAAUUCAUACACUUGAAAAUGCUACGGGAUUUAUGCUUGAUGCUGUACGAAAUGAACUUCUUUCAUUUGAAAUUAAAAUUAAUAUUAUAACUAUGGGGUUGGGUUUAGGUGCUUUCAUUGCAGGAAUUUAUGGAAUGAAUUUAACAAAUGGUAUUGAACAAAAUCCACAUGCAUUCUAUUCUAUUGCAGGUGCUUCAUUUGUUAUUAUCAGUGGAGUUAUUGCUGUUGCAAUUAAAAGAUUAUUGCGUUAUAGGAAAAUUAGAUUACAUAGAUCAAAUAAAAAUUAUAUUUUUUGA